AUGGAUAACAACACAUCAGGGUUUCUCCUUUUGAAAUUUUCAACAAUUUGGGAACUACAGACUAUGUACAUAAUUUUAUUACUAAUACUGUACAUAAUGACAGUAACAGGGAACUUUUUCAUCAUCAUUGCUGUUGUUUCUGAUCACCACCUACACACCCCAAUGUAUUUCUUCCUGAUGAACUUAGCUGUGCAAGACAUUGGUUCUGUUUCUGACAUUAUUCCCAAAGCUGUUUUCAAUUCUCUUACGGAUAUAAGGAAGAUUUCAUAUGUUGGUUGUGUUGUCCAGGUCUUCUUGAUUCUAUUCUUCUUUGGCUCAGAUGUUGCCCUUCUUACAGUUAUGGCAUAUGAUCGAUAUGUUGCUAUUUGCAAUCCUUUGCAAUAUGAAAUAAUAAUGAACAGGAAAGCUUGUGCCAAAAUGAUUGGAAGUGUUUGGACUGCUUGCCUUCUCAAUGCUGCAUUGCACACUUUUGAAAUGUUUACUACUCCUUUCUGCUCUAAUAUUAUCAACCAAUUCUACUGUGAAAUUCCACAUUUACUAAAGAUUACUUGCCCUGAUUCAUAUGUAACUGAAAUUGGAGUUGUAGUGUUCAGUGUUUCAUUAACAAUUGGUUGUUUUGUCUUCAUUAUUUCUACCUACAUACUGAUUCUCACUGCUGUUCUAAGAAUCCCUUCUGUACAAGGGAGGAAUAAGGCCUUCUCCACUUGCCUACCACAUCUCACUGUUUUUUCCAUAUUUAUGUUUACUGGUUCCUUUGCUUAUCUAAGACACAUAUCUGAUCAUCCAUCCCAUCUUGAUUUCAUAAUUACAAUAAUGUAUUCCAUUAUUCCACCCAUGAUGAAUCCAUUAAUCUACAGCAUGAGAAACAAGAACAUCAAAGUUGCAAUUUCAAGAUUUUUUGGUCAAUUUAAUUUUAAAGAAAUUUACAAUGCUGUUCAAGAACUAGGUGGCAAAUAUAACCUGGAGGGCCUUUGCACUGUUCCAUCUAGUGUUCCAGUUAGAACACUUCCUGAAAUCAGAGGUUUUACUCACUUCUUACUUGGGCUUUUCCAACAUACUGUAUACAGGACUGCCCAUAAUAAUAAUCUCCUAUUUGAGAAGAUCAAGCAGAGGUGCUUUUCUCUGUACCAUCACUCAGAUAUAUUGGAACAUGUUCUACAAAGUGCUGUCCUUAAAGAAGAUUUGGAAGAGAUACUUGGUUCAGAAUAUAGCAACCUGAAUAGUUAG